AUAUAUUUAUUUUAGUUUGAAUGAAGACGAUUCAGAUAUUAACCUUGAUCCUCUGUGUUGCCUCCCUGGGCACCACUCAUGCCUAUGUAAGAGAUGUAUUGCACUUUAAGGACCUUUUGGACCUUGAAGGAUCAGCUACUUAUAAGGUAGCCCAAGCAACCAGUAAAUAUACUUGCAAAGAAUCUGACGAAGUUCAUGCAGCCAUGCUUGAGUCUCAAGCCCAAGCUAGAUUAGAACAACCAUCCAACAGAGAGGUUGUCGAAGAAGUAGGAGAAUCUUUGGUUGGAAUUGGAGUUAGAAACCAACAACUCGCAUGCUUAGUCUUCCAGCUUGCUAUUGAUGAGGAUAUCAACCAAUGAUCAGCAGUCCAUAUUACAAGAGAAUUCAUGUUCAAGCACGGCUUCACCUACGAAAUGUCUGCCAAGAUCACAGAAGGAAUUGUCCCAAUGAUCUACCCCUUCUACAGAGGAACCGCCAUUGAGUGUGCUCAUGAGUUCUUGAAGGACAAAAAGUAAAUU